CGAUUGGUGGAAAAGCGGUCACGUGGGGGCACUGGAGCAUUUGUUUGUGGGAGCUGCUGAAGAUGGCGGUGGGAGAAGGGAUGGCUGGUUUUGAUUCUAAUUUGUUGCUACAUCCUGAGCUUUUGACUGGGGAGUUUCUCCUGCAGCUCUUGGAGCAGAGGGAAAUAGCCACAGCAAACCUGCAUGCUUCAGAGAAGGAUCGGAUUGUCGAAGUAUACAUUCAGCAUGUCAUUCCAUUGCCACAAAGAGAGCCACCCAAGAAUAGAUGGGGAAGAAAGAUGGCUGAGAAAAGAGAACAACAGACCAUUAGUGUGGCUCAGAGUGAAAGACCAACAUCAGAGGCUUCAAGAAAAAGACCUCUCAUUGUGUUUGAUGGCAACUCUACAAGCACAAAAAUAAAAAUUAAAAGGAAUGAAAAUGGAAUGGCCGAUCAAGUCAAACGUCUGCCUGCAGGGACUGCUGACAUGCGUCCCACUAAUAAACUUCCUGUACAACCGACUGACACACACAUUCUGACUGAUAAUAAUGCAGUCAAAAAUCCAGUUCGAGGUGCCGUAUCUACUAAUGGUAUGGCUACCAUGAAACAUGGAGGUGACAUGCCUUUGAAAACUUCACCUUUGCCGUGCCCACCAUCUCCUGGAGGCACCAAUCCCAUAAAACUAAAACGAGCUCUUCCAAAAGAUGGAGAGGGAGAUCCACCAGGGGAAUUAAGAUCCACAGAGCCAAAGAGAAAGAUUCAACAUAUUACUUGGCCUUAAAAUCCAUCAGUCCUAAUAUUCCAGGGAAGGUGUUUUAUUUAAAUUUAUGAUCUAGGCACAGCCAACAAGCACCUUGGAAAUGGUGGUCUUGUAAAUGAAUGGGAAAUGAUGCACUCAUACUAUUUUUAAAAAGAUCAUAGGAUCAACUUUGGUUCAGUAAAGUAGCCCAACUAAUAGAUUUCAUCCUCCUCUAAGCAAUUUUGUGCUGUAGUCCAAUUUGUAUAAUUCUGUAUAUUAAUGGAAUUUGUGAUUGAGCUUUCUUGUUGGUGAAAGGUUCCAAUAAUUUUUGAAUAGAAUGCAGAUAUAUCAUGUUGCAAAUCAGUUGUGGUACAUCACCUUAUGCACAAGUACUGCCUAGAUUAUUAGGUAUAUAUUUAACUGCAUAAGCAGUAGGUGUAAAAUUUUAAUGUAUUGAAUUCAGGGUUUUGUUAAUUUUAUACAGUUUUUCCAUAUGAACACAGAUUAGUUUACAGAAUAAACUCCAUAAACAUGUUAUGUUACAAACCAAAGCCUAAGUAAAACAUAAAAGUUCUUGGUUCUGUUGAGCAGAAAUGGAAAUAACCAACAUACAUAAGAAUAAAUCCAUUGAGAACAGGCAGUUUUUCAUGAACUUCCCUAUUCUGCUGGAAACGAUCUUGUUGCUAUCUAUUGAUUUAUGAAAAGGCACUAUUGUCAACAUAAAUUGUAAAUAAAACUUAAGGCUAAUUCAUUUCUGAAUGUACAUUGUAUUCACAUGCACAUGAAUAUUAGAAAAUUCUUAAUAUAUUGAAGCCUUUUUUUGGUCAAAUUAUUAUGUGUUUUUCUGUCUGCAUUUUCUGGGUUCUUAUUAAGCGUUUAAACUAACAGUCCUGGAUACUAACAGCCUUAAUUCUGAAUAAAUAUUUUUUCUUGUUCAAGUUUGCCAUUGAAAAAAUGGAGAUAAAGAAUUUUUAGUCAUGUGAUAUAUGAUUAUAUUGUAUCCUAAUGUAGAACCAAACAUGUUAAGAUACUUUGCCAUCAUGUUAGUGAGGCACUAAUGAACAAGACAUAUUGAUUAUACAGUAAUGGCUAUCCAAUAAGAAACUUUAAAGUGCAAAUGAAAUACUCCGUUAUGAUUAGAUGCCUUUUUAGGUAAGUAGUACUGUACUUGUGGUAUUUUUUGUUAUAUUUUAUUGAAUUGUUGUGUUCUUCAGCAUGCUUGAUAGUAAUAGUUCAGAAUAUGAAACAGCUUAUCUUGCCAGUGUCCCAGAAUUGGCAUCAAGCACUGCCACAUCAAAUAUACUACAGCAACUGCCUCAGCAACGUGCCUUAUGCCUCUGAAACAAAUACCGAUGACAACUAUGUGCUACUUCCAUGUCUGGGAAUGAUUGUUCUAAUGCUCUGAGAAAAUUUGUAAAUAUGUCAAAUCAGAUAUGAUGCAAUAACACAAUAAGACAAAUUAAGCUGAUAUUGCUAGAAGUUGAUUUUUUUGUAUCAAAUCAAAGAAAAAGGAGAUGUUUAUCCAUACAAGCUGGACCAGAAUCAGACAGGAUUCAUCAAGGCAGAAAAACAACAUUUAAGAUCCUUGCAGUCUGCUUCUUCUACUACUUUGUUCAGCUAGUUCUAUCAGAAAAUAUGAUUAAAAUUGAAGUAAUCCUCCCGGUAUUCCACUGUUAUAAUAUGCAUAGUUAGACAUGCAAUUUAAUCAGUAGUGGAAUGGACCUCUCCAUUACUAUCUCAAAAUGGGAUUAGAUAUAUACUAUAUAUACUAUAUAUAUCUAACAUGUAUAUAUGUUAUGAGCAUACAUGGAUAUGUAUGAGCAUACAUUAUCACUCCAAUGUGCUAAGAACAUAUACGUAGGAUAUAAAAACCACCAUAUUUGAAGUUUUUCACACAACCUUUUAUUUGAUGCAGUGCUGAGGCCAUCUGCAUGAUUUAAGAAACCACCCAAGUGGAACCAAUCCCAAAAUCAGGUUCUGCAUAGCACUGGACUCCAAUUAUCUGUCACACUAGUAGUCAAUUAUCCAAGAACCUUUGACUGUAUUCUCUGAAGAAAGAUCCUGGAUUCAUAUUCUUUCUUCCAUGAACUCAGCAUACCACCAAGCACUUUACAGACUGCAAAAUGCAUUUGAGGUAAACUUGGUGUAAAUUAUUACUAUACCCAUCUGCAUUUAUAGCAUCAUGAAAUUCUCACCAUGCAUUUUAUUCAGGGAAGGAUUAAAUUUGUGAACAAAUUAAUUUUUAAGCAUCAAGUUAAUAUGCAACUUCUAUAAUUGACUUUCUGCAUUAAGUGCAUCAUAAUUGUGCAUAGAGGAAUGUUCUGCAGAUCUGCAGGCCAAGUUAUUGGGCAAAGUUGAGGACAUUGUUCUGAAGAUUCAUGAAGAUAUAUGGGGAGAAGGCAGGAGAUUGGGGCUGAGGGGGUUGGAGAUGGAUCAGCCAUGAUGAACUAGAGAAACAGACUCAAUGGGCCAAAUAGUCUAAUUCUGCUCCUCUAUCUUGUCUUCUAGUUUUAUUUUAAACUGAAGUUAGAGUCAUUGUGACAUUACUAACCAGUUAGAUAAUUCCCUCUCAAUCAAGCUUGGUGCUAUGAUUAUCGGUAACUAAGGUUGAUAUUUCACGCAUACUUUCUAUGUGAUUAAGUUGCCCAAUCUGCAUUGUUGAAUUUGCCCUGCUUUUAUUGGCAGAUGUUGUUGCAGUUUCUGUUUCCUUUUUUUAAAAAAAAAAUCAGUGUUUCCUGAAAAAAAAUUGACUUUAUUUACUGCUGAAUAUUUUAUAUGCUGGGAGUCAUCCUCUGCAUCCCACCUCUAGUUCUUUGACUCACACACUGCUGUCAAUAUAUAUUCAAAAUAAAGCUAAAAUCUUUGUCAAAAUGAGGCCGGAUUUCCAAACCUGGAACUCUAUUACAUCUGUACAUACAAUUAUUUUGUUAAGCAGUAAUACAGUGAAGUUAAUCGUAUGUUGGGUUUUAGAUUUUUUUUUUGGCUGUUGUAAAAUAAAUUAUCUUAAUCUUUAA